AUGGCUGGCGGGGCUGCGGGCAGCGAGCCCCCAGAGGAGCUGGACGUGGUGAUCAUUGGAGCGGGGCUGGCAGGGCUGCGGGCAGCAGUGGCACUACAGGAGGCGGGGGUGCAGAUGAAGGCUGCUGAUGGACAGCCCCCCGAGGAGCUGGACGUGGUGAUCAUCGGAGCGGGACUCGCAGGGCUUCGAGCAGCGGUAGCGCUGCAGGAAGCCGGGGUGCCUUGUGUGGUGCUGGAGGCGUCAGACGGGGUGGGAGGGCGCGUGCGCACAGAUGAAGUGGACGGAUUCCUCCUGGACAGGGGCUUCCAGAUCUUCCUCUCAGCCUACCCCGAGGCACAGCAGGUGAUGGACUACGAGGCGCUGGACCUCAGGCCUUUCUACUCGGGCGCUCUCGUGUGGUUCGGAGGCUCCUUCCACAGGGUGGCAGACCCUUUCCGUCACACAUCAGACGGCCUCUCCUCCCUCUUCAACCCCAUCGGCUCUGUCUUUGACAAACUGCGUGUGGGGUUGCUGCGCCUGAAAGCCGUGUCCACGCCUGUGGAAGGAAUUUUAGCAGCACCAGAGAGCAGCAUUGAGGAGGCGCUCAAGAAGCAAGGGUUCUCCAACGAGAUGAUCGACCGCUUCUUCCGUCCCUUUCUUGGAGGGAUCUUCUUUGAUAACGAGCUAAGCACUUCCUCUAGGUUGAUGGAGUUUGUGCUACGCAUGCUCGCCCUGGCACCCAACACCCUCCCCUCAUCCGGCAUCGGAGCCCUCGCCUCUCACCUCGCCUCUCGCCUUCCCUCCCACUCCAUCCGCCUCAACUCCCCCGUCUCCUCCAUCUCGCCUGCUGUUCCCACCGACGAAGCCGAUGGCAAAGGUUCGGAAGCUGGUUCGGGUGUGCCGAGCCUGCUGACGAUGCAGGAUGGGAAGAAGAUUUUGGCCAAGGGAGGGGUCAUAGUGGCAGUGGAACAACCAGUGGCUCAGAGGCUGCUUCUAGGGGAGGGAGGUAGCGACAGCAGCAGCAGCGGCGCCAGCACCAGCAGCAGCAGCAGCAGCAGCAGCGAUGACACAGCUAGCAGCACUUCUGCUAUAGCCACUCAAGAGCCCCGCAGCACAGUGUGUCUCUACUUUGCGUCAGACUCCCCUGCCCCUGUCUCCGAGCCCAUCCUCUUUUUAAACGGCUCCGGUAGCGGCAUUGUCAACAACCUCUCCUUCCCCAGUGUAGUGUCCCCCUCCUAUGCUCCUCCGGGCAAGACACUGGUUUCGGUGUCCCUAGUCGGCACCUAUGAGGACCGGACCGAAGCUGAACUUGAGGCCCGGGUCCGUACGGAGCUGGCAGGCUGGUUCCGAAAGGAGGAAGUGGAGGCUUGGAAGAUGCUCCGGGCAUACAGGAUUCCGUUUGCUCAGCCGGGACAAAGGCCUCCCACUGACUUCUCUGGGGAAGUGGAAGUGGGGGGGAGGGAGGGAGUGUAUGUGUGUGGAGAUCACAAGAGCUCCCCCACUUUUGAUGGAGCAUUGGCUUCUGGUAGAAGGGCAGCAGAAGCUUUGCUGGCUCAAAGAGCGUGA